AUGAAAACGAAGAGCACUUGUUUAGGAGUGAGAAAAGGUGCUUGGACUGAGGAAGAAGAUAUUCUUCUAAGGAAGUGCAUUGAGGAGUAUGGUGGAGGUAAUUGGCACCUAGUUCCUCAGAGAGCAGGUUUGAACAGAUGCAGGACAAGCUGUAGAAUAAGGUGGUUGAACUAUCUGAAUCCAAAUAUAAAGAGAGGAGACUUUAGAUCCGAUGAAGUUGAUCUCAUUAUCAGGCUUCAUAAGCUCUUAGGCAAUAGAUGGUCACUGAUUGCUCGUAGAAUUCCGAGGAGGACCGCAAACGAUGUGAAGAACUACUGGAACUCCCACCUCCGGGAUAAGCCUGUGGCUCGCGAAGAAGCCGUUGCAAUAACCAAAGCCAUGAAGCCUCGACCUCGGAGAUUUUCGAAUCAUGUAGACACUAGCAACACUAAUCAAUCGGUAGGAGACGGUACUAUCACCAACCCAUAUCCAUUAACAUCACCACCUCCAAAGGUUGAUGAACUUCCGUGGUGGGAUAACAUGGUUGUUGACACGGAAUUAAUUGAUGAGUGCAUGGGUGGUACUGGUGGGGAACUCAUUACAACACUUUGGACUGAUCAUGAAGCAGCAGCAACUUCUGGAGUUAAUGCAAGAAGUGACAGUUUUGUCCAUCAUGUCAAGAAUAUCUAUAUAGGUGACAAUGAUGUGGACCUUUGGAGUCUUCUGUAA